UAACCCCCCUUCUAGAUCCGCGCAUGUGAAAGGCAGAGUAGAUUGUUUGAAUUACAGGUAUAUAGCUGAGGACGCUUUGUCAUAAAUACACAUCUCGUGCUGUGUGGACUAAAUAUUCUGCAUACCGUUUUUUAAAUCCCUAAACCCCCAUAUCAUCCUUUGGAAAACUAGAAAUCAUUCACCCGUAUAUCAGUAGCAAACCGCCGACAGCUGCAUCUAAAGUGGCUACCUUUAGCUAUCUGUUAUCCUUCAACAAGAUCGCUUACUUCCACCCAUUUCGCCGAGGCUUCUUUUGCCAAAACCAGGAUCUCAUGUAUCCGUAUGGAGGGGUGUCCGUCAAAGGCGGUCACGUGGCUUUGAUUUCUCUACUGCCUUUGAUAAUAAUCAUUUCCAUUACGGAGUGUUUGAGAAUUCGUCACAAGAUUAAGAAAAAACUUUUCCUCCGGAAGUGGUAUAGAAUUGUUGGACCUCUGAUGAUAGGGUUGUCCCUGUGCACUUUGUUUUACGAGACUGCUAAAUCUUGCGUUGGAAGUCUUCGCCCCCAUUUUUUCGCCGUUUGUCGACCCAGUAUAGAUCUGAAGAACUGCACAAGUAAAUACAUGUACAUCACUGACUAUAACUGCACGGCGCCUGAGAACGAUCUUUUAAUAGAUUCAAGGAAAUCUUUUCCUUCGGGUCAUGCUAGCAUUUCCUGGUACGGAAUGACUUUUCUCAUUAUCUACAUCCAUUUACGUAUUUCCCGUCGAUGGAGAUUUUUACGUCCAUUAUUUGCAUUACUCCAAACGGUGGCGCUGUGCGUCGCAACGUACAUUGGCGUUACCCGUAUUCAAGACAACGCUCAUCGCCCUGUAGACAUCAUUGCAGGGGCAGUUAUAGGAAUAAGCUUUGCAGUAAUAACGGUUUCCCAGACGUCAGCACUGUUUGAGAGUGAUUCAACGGACAGACAAAGCAGUACUGCCAAGGAAGACAAGCGAGAGAGUCUUACACUAGAGUACGAACCCUAACUCACGUCCCAUCUCCAAAAAAGCAUAAUAAUGACAGACAUUUCCUUAACAUCUAGACUAUUUUAUCUUUUAAGAUAAGUUUUAAUUUGUUUUAAAAGCGUGAAUUUUCUAUGCUAACAUGACAGAGCUUAUAUAUUUGUACACAUGCAUUUAUAUGUAAACAUCAUUUUGUAUACAUGUGUUCUAUAUUUUGGAUCAUCCACCUUAUUUUGACUUAAAUUUCUGUUGUUCCUAUGAUGGUCCAAUAUGGUUCAAUAAAAUCAUGUAAUUUUAUAAUUUAUCGGAUUGGGAGGGGAUGGACGUGCCUUUAUGGGGUUUGUGGGUUUUUCAUGCUGUAAGUACUAUUAAACAUAUAAAACC